AUGCGCAGGUCCACUGAGAGAGAAGAGGGAUUGGUACGGUUGCAACAAGUGUUCGAUGAGAAGGUCAUGGCCGUGUCCAAACCACGGUGGUGUGUUUUAGAGGGCACAACUUUCUCAGUCUAUCGAUCCAGAGAUCUCACCCAGCACGUGGGCGAUGUCGGCCUGAACUCGUACUGUACGGUUGCGUACGCCGCAGGUGCGGACCAGUCCACUCUGAUAGUCGGCACUCAGGAUAAUCCGUUGUACGUACGCUGUGUCACCACAUCCGAUGCCGAGCGAUGGUACACGGCGUUUGAAACGGCUCUCAAUAAGUGCCCGAACGCAAAGGUGAGCAGAAAAAAAAAAAACAACCCUGAAACCGUUAUACGUGAAAAGGGCUCUGUGAGGAGGGAAACCCCUUAA